UCUAGUAGGUGGAGUUUAGGAUUAAAAUGGCUGCGCCCAUGUCAAAGUCAUGUUAGAUGUUGCUACUUCGGUAAAUUAAAAUUCUUUAUAGAAAUGUUUGGAAGAAGGCGCCCCAUGCUUUAUUUGUAAUGCUUUUAGAGCUAUCAAUUUUGAACGAAUUAACCUGAGCAGUAGCCAAACGAAAUAGACUACUUUUCCUGAGGAGUUCACAUUUUCUGAUCUUAUUUAUUUUUGUGGAUUAAAAUAAUCGUAUUUCUUUUUAAAAACAACUUAUUAGUAUUCUUUGAGGUUUGGAACAUACAGUAUCAUGGAUCACGAUCAACAACUACGCAAUCUACGGGAUUUUCUCCUUGUCUAUAACAAGAUGACAGAAAUCUGCUUCCAGCGUUGCACAAGUAAUUUGAACUACAGGACACUCACAAUGGAUGAGGAGCGCUGUCUGGACAGCUGUGCUGGCAAGCUGAUUCGCUCCAAUCACCGCCUCAUGGGAGCCUACCUUCAGGUGAUGCCCGGUAUCGUGCAGCGGAGAGUGUCGGAAUACGAGACCAAGGCGAAAGAGAUGGCACAAGCUUCUGAGGCAGCCUCCCUUCCUGAUCCGAGUGCCCCUCAGCCUGUUGAGGGCACCUUCUUUCCAGGACAGGGUAAUGCAGACACAUCCACUGACAGUGCCCAGCAGAGCCCUGGUCUAUAGCCUGUGUGGAGACACUUAGAGACAAUCCAGUGUCAACAGUGGAUCACAAUGGCCUGCUGGGCAAGGCUGAGAAAGACAGGGGGUUCAGAAGAGCAGCUCUGCUUCUCUGGAACCCAACUCCUCCAGAUGGGUGCAGAAUGUUGGCCAGUAUGACUGUUGAAGCAGAGGAAGCUGUCCCAUUUUUGGUGAUCUUCAGAUUAACAUGACAUGUGGUUUAUUUGUGAGUUAAUUUUAGAGUUGUUUUUUUUAUUAAAAAACCCAAAAGUGAAA